AGCCCCCCCGGGGAACGCGCCGCAGUGACGUCACACACGCCGUAACCAGCGCGGAGCUUGGAGCGGGAAGUAACGUUAUACGAACGCUGCGAAUCAGCACCGAACUGCCGUUUCCUCGGUAACGUGACCCGGGCCGCCUGGAAAAAGGUCACAGUGGCGUGAAGCUACGCGUGUGGUCGUGUAGGCUGCUCACAAACGGUCAUGUAAUAGUUGGCGGUUAGCUUGUUUUGUCCCAGCUAACGUCUCAGCUAACGUUACUCGAGUUUAAACAAGUUGACGCGAGACCGAGGAAGCAACAGGUGGCGAAAUUCGUCACCCAUGGCCUCUAAAGGUUGGCAGCAUCCUUACGUCAACAUAUUCAAACAUGUCAAAGUGGAGGACUGGAGAAGGUCCGCAAGAGAGGGGGACGUGUCAACAUACAAGGACAAGAGACUCAAGUGUUCGGUGUUCAGGAUCAGGGGUCCUGUUCCUGCCAACAGCUACAUCCGGGUACCCAAAGGCAGCGGCCAGUCUCUGGGGCUGCUGGGGCGCUACUUCUACCUCCUCUUCCGGCCCGCUCCCGGCAAACACUUUGUGGUCCAGCUGGAUGUUUCCGCGGAGGACGGCCAAGUGGUCCGCAUCUCUUUUUCCAACAUGUUCAAAGAGUUUAAGUUCACCGCUACCUCGCUUCAGUUUCCUUUCCUCUGCGGAUCUGCAAAGGAUUCAGUCUAUGAAAACACUGCCAGAUCUGCAAGGCGAGGUUUCGUGGGUCCGGCCCCCACUUCAGUGCGUUGGACCUGUUUGAUGCUGGAUCUGCAGUACAUCCUCUCCGUCUACCUCAACCGCUGCUACAGUCAACUUAGGAGCAUUAAGCUUUGUGCCAACAUGGCAGUGAAAAACAUGUUUACCAGCGACCUGCUGCUAAACCCAGGCGUUUCCUUCAGCGAAGCAAAGAUGAUGGGUCUGGCUUCUUCUCAGGGAACAGGUCCAAUUCCCAGGGACAUGUCCUAUCCUGUGCCUGACGGGGGCUCCUGGCAUGACCUCUAUGAUCAUAUCAGGUUUCCCUCAAAGGGAACAAAAUUACCAUUCCACUCCAUCCAAAAAGGCCAUCUCCAGCCCGAGGAUAAUUGUGUCUCGAACCCAAGAAUUAGAGAAGAGUGUAGCGGUGUCAGCCUCAGCAAACCAGUUAAAGACAGAGUGUCUCCCAUUCAGCAGAUUACCUCUCCAAAUUCACUCUUGUGGAAUCGAACACCCAGGGUGACGGACAUACCGGACCUCGGCGGUGUACUGAAUGAUGACCGGCUUUUCCAUAACGACGGGCAGCAUCAGAAGGAGCCAACGUGCUGCAGUUCGCAGCCGUCUCCAAUCAGGCCUCCCUGGGACACCGAUUACGGGGGAGUUCAUGUGCAUAUUCAUGCCGAGGACGGCUUCAGCAAACAUGAGGAGGGAAGUGAAGAGGAGUUUGUGUGCGCUCCAGUUCCACAUGCCGUCCAUCUAUCAUUGUCCAAAGAACCCGGACAGAAGAAGCUGCUUCCAGACCCGAUUCUCGGGCUCAGUCGGAUCAUCGGCUUCGGAGGAGCCACUACUAAAUGUGCCCUGUGGAGCAGAUCAGGUGAUGCCGUGGUGUAUCCGUGUCACGCAAUUAUCGUCUCCAUGAAAAUAUCGUCGAACCAGCAGAGGUUCUUCAUCGGUCACACUGAUAAGGUAUCUGCACUGGCUUUUAACGGCAAUACAACACUUCUGGCCUCAGCCCAAACUGGCAACCACAGUGUGGUUCGAGUGUGGAACUACCACGGAGGAAACUGUCUGGCCAUGUGCAGGAUUCAUGCUCAUUCAUUAUCAUCUCUUAGCUUCUCGUACGGUGGCGGUAUACUCUGUGGAGUGGGUAAGGAUGGCCACAAUAAAACAAUGGUGGUGGUGUGGAACACUUCUAACGUUGGUAAAGGGGGACAGGUGACCGUCUUGGCCAAAGCACACACAGAUGUGGACAUCAUCACCAUGAAGGUUGCCUUCUUUGAUGAAACGAGGAUGGUCUCAUGUGGUCGCGAAAAUAUCCGCCUGUGGCGAGUGAGGAACGGGGCGCUGCGUUCCUGUCCAGUCAACCUGGGUGAAUACCACUCGCUGGACUUCACUGAUGUGACCUUUGAGGAGGGAAAUCCCUCCAACCAGCAUGUUGAAGAACGCACACUAUUCGCCAGCAGUCGGAGUGGCUUCAUCUUUGAGAUCGACUACAGCAGGGUUGUAAUUAGGAAUGUCAGGAGGCUGUUGCCUGCACAGCAGCAGCAUGCAAACCGCAGGGAGAAAUUGACUUUUAACACCGGUCCAGGCAUUGCCAUCAACAGCAUCAGUGUGUCCUCCUCGUUUUGUUUCACGGGCUCUGAAGAUGGCUUCCUGCGUCUGUGGCCCCAUGAUUUUUCCACUGUCUUCCUGGAGGCUGAGCACGAGGGACCCGUGAGCCUGGUGUCAGUCUCACCAGACGGCCUUCAGGUGCUGGCAGCCACGUCCACCGGGAGCCUGGGCUUCCUCGAUGUGAGCAGCCGUGGUUACAACACGCUGAUGAGGUCGCACACGGACACCGUGCUCGGCUUCAGUGUGGACGGCAUCCGCCGGCAUCUCACGACCGCCUCAUCCGAUGGCACAGUGCGCAUCUGGAAUAUGGAUUCCUUGCAUCAGUUGUAUGAUUUCGUGUCAGAGGACGGCCCUUGUUCAGUGGCCUUCCAUCCCAGAGAGCAGCUCUUAUCUUGUGGCUUCAGCUCCGGCAUCGUCAGAGUCUUGGACGUCUCCAGUGCCAAGAUGCUGGCUGAGCACAAGCACCACAGAGGCGACGUGGUGGCACUCGCCUUCUCUCCGGAUGGGGAGUUCAUGUACAGUGCUGACUCUCAGGGCUCUUUGGCACUUUACAACGCUUCUGAGGAAAACCACAACCUCAUCAGAGUUGUGUGUAACGCGUUGGCCCGAGGCACGGAGCGCGCUCCGGACGCUCUCACGGUGAGCAGUGACAGCCGCUGUCUGGCUUUCAUCGGACCCUCGGAGCACGUCGUCACCAUCGCGGACUCGCGCUCUCUGGAUGAGUUGCUCCACGUAGACGUGAGUAUUUUGGACGUGCACAGCCCCUGUCUCGACUCUGCACUGAGGGUCUGCUUCUCGCCGGCCUCCACUGAACACUUGUUGGUCGCCACAUCGGCGAACAAGAUCCUCUGGGUCAGCACCAAGACAGGCCGCCUGCUCCGAGAGGCGUCCAAGGUGCACAAACACCAGUGCUCGUCUCUGGCUGUGAGCGAGGACAGUCGAUUCCUGCUGACAGCUGGACACAACGCGUUGAAAGUGUGGGAUUAUGACAUGCAGGCCGAUAUUAGCUCGCAGAUGUUCAUAGGCCACAGUCAGCCCAUCCGCCAGGUGAGCUUCACCCCCGACCAACUGGGCGUAGUCUCAGUGGGAGACGCCAUAUUCCUCUGGGACUUCCUGGCACAUCCCGCCGACUCCUUGACAGACAGUCGUUCCUCUCUAAGAUUAGGCUCCAUCUCGGCUCUUAAAUCAGUUCAGCCUGACGUUGGUGGAGUUCAGUCUUCCAAUGGGAUGCCUCGACUGACGGCACCCCUCCCCUCCUCCCCGCCGCCCCGACUGGACAUCGGCACGCUAGGACGAGUUGACCAGCGGACUUUGCGCUCCUCUCCGGUUGGUGACGACACCUCGACCACCCGAACGGCUUCGGUCCCACGUUCAGGUUCUUCCUCUGAGCUCAGACCUGCCUCUUUCCUGCAAGUAACAGAGCUGGUCAACCCAUUAUCCGUGAACGCCGGUCACACGGAUGCUGUUGAGUUGAAAGGGAAGAAGCCAGCACGUCCUGACUGUUACCGGCACUUUGUCCCUCGUUUCAACACCUCCACUCUUGAUCAGGCCGCCGUGGCUCCUCAGCCAGGAGAAGAGGCCAUAAAGCUGAAAGCAGUGAUCGGCUACAAUGGCAACGGGCGUAGCAACAUGGUGUGGAGCGCUGACCAAGGUUUGUUUGCGUACUCGUGUGGCUGCGUGGUGGUGGUGGAGUACCUGCACACAGGAAGUCAGAGACACCUGCAGGGCCACAGCGGGGAGAUCUCUUGUCUAGCGGUCACAAAUGAUGCAAAGAUCGUGGCAUCAGCUGCUGGCGGCAGGAAUGGGUGCAGGAGCCUCAUCUGCAUUUGGGACAUCCAGAACGGAACUUGUCGCAAGACCGUCUCCCACCACAGGGGGGCAGUGCAGAGUCUCGCUUUCUCCCGGGACGAUCGCUUCUUUCUCUCUGCCGGGGACUUUUCUGACCCAGAAGUGGCUCUGUGGAGCACCAAGACCUUCAAGCUGCUCUCCAGUGUUAGGAUGUCGGGACCGAUCCACGACGCAGCCUUCAGCCCCUCCACAGCCAGCCAGCUGGGCUGUGUGGGCAGCCACGGCGUCUACUUCUGCCUCAUGCACACGCACGGCUUGGAUGUGGACCUCCAGGUGGAGCAGGUGAAGACGCCGGUAGAGCUGGGUGACGUGGAGCUGACGGCUCUGUGCUACCACAUGGACUCGUUACUGUUCACCGCCACCAAUCGAGGACACGUCGGCGUCUGGGACGUAAACACACGGCGCUGCCUCAUGACCUGGGAAGCUGAUGAGGGGGAGAUUGGAGUGCUGCUGUGUCGAGGGAACCGUCUUUUGACAGGCAGCAACACCCGCUGGUUGCGACUGUGGGAGGUCGAUGCUUUACGAGGCAUGAAGCCUCCGGAAAACAACUGCCAUGUUGAAGACAGUGGGGCCACGGUGGUGUUGGGGCAGGAGAUGAUGCUGGACGGGACGACCAUCAGUGCGGCCUUUGAUAACGCCAUGGACAUGGGCAUCGUUGGCACCACGGCGGGAACCCUCUGGUACAUCAACUGGUCAGACAACAGCAGCAUCCGGCUGGUCAGCGGGCACAAGACCGAGGUCAAUGAUGUGGUUUUCAGCGCCGACGAAGGACAUUUCGCGACCUGCAGCGAGGACGGCAGCGUGAGGGUGUGGUCGGUCCCCAGCAACGAACUGGUGGUGCAGUUUCAGGUGCUCAGUCGGGCCUGCGGCUGUGUAUGCUGGAGCCCUUCCUCCAGUAGGGAGACUGCACGUGUGGCAGCGGGAUACAGCGACGGGACCCUGCGGAUCUUCAGGCUUUCGUCUUCCGAGAUGGAGAUGAAGCUGCAUCCCCAUCAAGUGGCCGUCACUGCAGUGCAGUACUCUGCUGCCGGUGAUGUGAUCCUCUCAGCGGGGAAGAGCGGUCUGAUCGCUGUCAGCAGCGCAGUGAAUGGAGAAACCAUGCGUAUCAUCAAGGACCACAAAGGAGCAGCGAUUACCAGCAUGCAGUGCGUGAAAGAACAGUGUCAGAGUUUGGGGCUGGAAGGCAACGAGAUGUGGUUAGCUGCCAGUGCCGACAGACGCGUCAGUGUGUGGGCUGCCGACUGGUCAAAGGACAAAUGCGAUCUGCUUGACUGGCUGACGUUUCCUGCUCCGGCCUAUUUUGGGGAUGACAGCCCACCUCUCAGUCUGGCUGCUUUCUGGCCUGCUGACCCGGGCCUGGUGGUCUACACGGGCUACGGAGUAGAGAAGGAGCUCUGCUUCUACAGCCUGGCUAGAAAACAGAUAAUGAAGAAGAUUGACCUGCCCGACUGGGCCACAUGCUUUAGCCUGUCCCGUAAGAGUCCGCUCAUAGCCGUGGGGUCAAAGGCGCGAGUGUUGAAGGUGAUCGAGUCGACCAGUGGAAGGUUCCAGGACUUCCUGCAGCACAGCGACUCACUGCGAACAUGUCACUUCUCUCCUUCCGGGACGCUGCUCUUCACUGCAGCCUUUAACGAGAUCCUGCUGUGGGAGGUGCUGGGCUUCUGACGGCCUCCGAGGGCCUCACAGCUGUUUUCAUUUAGAUUUUAUGUGUUUAUAUUGUUCCAUAUUUAUUUUUUUCAUAAAUCUGUAGAGAAAUCGUAAUGAUUUCAGAGAAGCUUUGUGUGAGAUUUUCCAGGAGUUUUUCUUUCAUGCGAGUGGUUUUAGAGGAGAUUUUUGUUGUUGUAUGUUGUCAUUUCUAUUUUUUUAACAAUUUAGGUGGAAAGUUGUAUACCCGAGUCUUUUAUUGCUUAAAAUAAAUGACAAAAAACAGAA